UGACGUCAUGGGGCGGGGCGGUGUAUGUGUUAGCAACAUCAACAAAAGAAAAGCGAGAAAAGAGUACCGAGCGAUUGAAGGAAGACCGAAGAAAUACGUCGGCGAAGUACAACCGAUAUGUGGAUGUAAUUUGCCUUAAUAGUGACAAGACGGGACUGCCAGCUGAGACAUGGAUGCCUUCAAACUGAUGAAGGAGCUGCGGGCAAACUAUGAGUUGGAGGUUUAUUAUCUCCCCAAAGAGACAGGCCUGAGUCUCAUUGAGUCUAGUAAUCAGAAUGAUGGGCGGAUCUCAGCCAAGUGCAGAAAUGCCAAAGUGGAGGAUUUGUGGAGUCUGACCAGCUUCUUUGGCUACACCACACAGACCUUCGUCCUGGCUAUUAACUUGCUUGACAGAUUCUUGGCCAUGAUGAGGAUCCAACCAAAGCACUUGUCUUGUGUCAGCCUGAGCUGCCUCCACAUGGCCGCCAAAGCGACAGAGGAGGAGUGCAACCUCGCAUCCACCGACGAGCUCAUCCGCAUUGGGCAGUGCCGCUUCAGCGUGUCCGACCUCGGCCGUAUGGAGAAGAUCAUCACAGAGAAGCUUGACUUCAAGUGCAAAUCUGUCACAGCUUUGACCUUUCUGCAGUUGUACCAUCAGAUUGCACUGUCUCACUCCACGGAGAGGAAGGAAACAUUGAGCCUGGAGAAGCUGGAGGCUCAACUCAAAGCCUGCCUGUGCCGGAUCGAUUUCUCCAAAGCUAAGCCGUCCGUCCUCGCCUUGUCCCUCCUGAGACAGCAGAUUGAAGCUAUUCAGUCAGUGGACAUGUUGGAAAUAGCCCAUCACAUCCAGAGACACCUAAAGAUUGCAGACAGUGAGCUCCUGUUGUGGCGCGAUCAAGUUGCUCAACGCUUGUCCGACUACGCCUCGCCAGAGUGCAGCAAACCCAAUCAUAGAAAACUGCAAUGGAUCGUGUCUCGUCGUACCGCUCAGAACCUACACAGCAGCUACCGCAGCGUACCUGAACUGCCCACCAUCCCCGAGUGCUGCUGGGAUGAAAGCGAGAGUGAGGACUCUUGUGAGGACAUGAUGAGUUCGGGCGAGGAGUCCCUCAGCAGCUCACUGGGCAGUGAUGGCGAAGGGCCGUUUUUUCCGGCACACCGCCACCACCACCACAAACGCCGCCAAUACCUCAAUGCCUGACACCUUUGUCACGUUACUGUGCCUCAUCCCCACCCCAAACAUUCACUUUUAAUUUAUUGUCUAAUAAGCUCCAGUACUGAAAGUAAAUUGCACAACUGGCUGCUGAGCAUGUCUAGAUUUUUAGUUAAUAGAUGUGUUGGUACAUGGUACAUUCCACGAUACACAGCAAUUGGUUGAAGACACUGGUUGGUUGGAGGACAAACACUGCAACCAGAUCAGAGCAAAAACAUGCCAGUCGUUGUCAGAAACUUUAAUUUACCAAAAUCUGGCAAGUAUAGAAAAUGUCGGCUGUUUAUAAUCAAAGAUGAAUAAGUUUACUCAUCCACAGAAACUGAGGGCAGCCGCAGCUGCAAUUAUCUGGGCUUGAUCUAGUUGCUUACAUUUCAAGACUACUUUCAUUUUUAAUCAUACAUUUUAGAUAUUUCUAUUGUAUUACAAUAUUUGUGAACAUAGAUGUGUUGACUCAUAAUAAUUUGAUAUCAAUACACCAUCAGCAGCAAUAAGGAUGGAAAAUUAGUAACUGAACAUUAAAUUGCAACACAAUGUCCCGUUUUGACUGAAUAGUUUCGUGACUGCAACUGCCCUCACCUUUGGAGUUUGUUCAUUUGCACAGGAUGUCAUUUGUGUGUUGGAAGUAGUUUGUGUCCUUGGGGAAAACAGAUGUGACAAAUUUUGUUUUUCUUGCAUUAACUCUCCUGAGGCCAUUUAGUCAAAGUUCAGUAAAAAGCACUUAUUUUCCUUGGUCAAACACUGUUGACUAAUUUUGUAAGAAUUUAUGAUUUUAAAAUUGCCAAUUUUAGGAUGUAGCUUAUGGAUAGAAUGUCAUGUGGAAUGAACUAUUGCUGAGUUCAAGUUGGGAAAAAA